UUCACAGGAACAUCUGUAGGCACACAAACACUCUACCCUUCAGCCUUCAGCUUGCCACAGACAUACCAAACAGUCAGUGACUGUUCCCCAAGUGCCGAGUUUAAUUCCUGGUUUAACUGCAAGGAUUCAGAGAGGGAUAAGCGGCCCCUCUGGCCUUCAGGUAUGACCCAGACACUGCAAUCAUGGACUCAGCUGUGGUUUCCUAAGACUGGGCCUGAACAAGACUGGCCCUAUCAGCAGCCAACCAUGGAUUGGAGGGGAGCUCAGGAGGCCCUACUCCACUCUGCAGCACUACUGACGGCUGAUAGACUUGGGGAGAGAAGAAGUCACUGCCUUCAGAUAUGCACCCAUUCGUGAGCACUCCAAGCUUCUAUAGACAGUUCCAAACCCAUGGUCACACAGAUGUCUCUAGUUAAGCUCAGGGGGUCACAAAGCAAAACAAAAUUGACAUGAAUGUGGGAAAUGUGAGAAAAAGAUUUUGGGGGGGUGGAGAGGAAGGGCAGGAGUGAGAUAAAAGAGGGUGGUAGUAAGAGGAUUCAGAAUGAACUAUAUGCAUGUAUGAAGCUGUCAAAGAACAAAUUCACUUAAGAAAAAAAAAGGGUUAUCUAUUAUCUGUCCACAUCCACUGACCAAAUCCCAACAUCUCCAGCAUCAUCCAUGUGUGCUGUUGUUAUCAGCAGAUAACUGAGUCCUAACAGCCUUGUUAUCUAUUAGUUCAAAGACAAAGGUAUCUACCAUUUACUGUGCUCUGGCUCUGUUCUGAUUCCUUUACAAGUCUUAAAACACUAAUCAUAACCGAAUCGACCUAUGUGGGUAAAAUCACCUCAUUUUACAGAUGAGGAAAUCAAGCCACAGAGAGUUAAACAGCUUGCUCAAAGUCAUGAGUUACAAAGUGACAGCCGGGAUUUGAAUAUAAUCUGAUGGCACUGAGUCCUAGUCUUGAUCAUUGUUUUAUUCUUCUUUUUAAACAACUAACACCCAAAAAAGUCUAUCUUACUUUGUUUCAAUAUUUAGUGUCAGAACAGAGUGUUUCACAUCUGCAAGCAGGAAGAGUACUUCAUCUCUCUCUAAGAUAAAAGACCUACUCACAAUCAAAAAUGUCACUGCAGAUGGUAACAGUGGGUCAUAAUAUAGCCUUAAUUCAACCAGGCUUCUCACUGAUGAAUUUCGAUGGUCAAGUCUUCUUCUUUGGCCAAAAAGGCUGGCCCAAGAGAUCCUGCCCUACUGGAGUCUUCCAUUUUGAUAUAAAGCAAAAUCAUCUCAAACUGAAGCCUGCGGUUUUCUCUAAAGAUUCCUGCUACCUCCCACCGCUUCGCUACCCAGCCACUUGCUCAUACAAAGGCAGCUUAGAGUCUGAACAGCAUCAAUAUAUCAUCCACGGAGGGAAAACACCAAACAAUGAGCUUUCCGAUAAGAUUUAUAUCAUGUCUGUUGCUUGCAAGAACAACAAAAAAGUUACUUUCCGUUGCACCGAGAAAGAUUUAGUAGGAGAUGUCCCCGAAGCCAGAUAUGGUCAUUCCAUUGAUGUGGUGUAUAGUCGAGGGAAAAGUAUGGGUGUUCUCUUCGGAGGACGAUCAUACAUGCCUUCUACCCAGAGAACCACAGAAAAAUGGAAUAGUGUAGCUGACUGUCUGCCUCAUGUUUUCUUGGUAGAUUUUGAAUUUGGGUGUGCUACAUCAUACGUUCUUCCAGAACUUCAGGAUGGGCUGUCUUUUCAUGUUUCUAUUGCCAGAAAUGAUACUAUUUACAUUUUAGGAGGACACUCACUUGCCAACAACAUCCGCCCUGCCAACCUGUAUAGAAUAAGGGUAGAUCUUCCCCUGGGUAGCCCAGCAGUGAAUUGCACAGUCUUGCCAGGAGGAAUAUCUGUCUCCAGUGCAAUCCUCACUCAGACAAAUAAUAAUGAAUUUGUUAUUGUUGGUGGUUAUCAGAUAGAAAAUCAAAAAAGGAUGGUCUGCAAUACUGUCUCUCUAGGGGACAACACGAUAGAAAUUAGUGAAAUGGAGACCCCAGAUUGGACCCCAGAUAUAAAGCAUAGCAAAAUAUGGUUUGGAAGCAGCAUGGGAAACGGGACGGUUUUCCUUGGCAUACCAGGAGACAAUAAGCAGGCUAUGUCAGAAGCAUUCUAUUUCUACAUGUUGAAAUGCUCUGAAGAUGAUGUGAGUGAAGAGCAGAAAAUCUUGACAAACAGUCAGACAUCAACAGAAGAUCCUGGGGACUCCACUCCUUUUGAAGAUUCAGAAGAAUUUUGUUUCAGUGCAGAAGCAACCAGUUUCGAUGGUGAUGAUGAAUUUGACACCUACAAUGAAGAUGAUGAGGAUGAUGAAUCUGUAACUGGCUACUGGAUAACAUGCUGCCCUACUUGUGAUAUAGACAUCAAUACUUGGGUUCCAUUCUAUUCAACUGAGCUCAAUAAGCCUGCCAUGAUCUACUGUUCUCAUGGAGAUGGGCACUGGGUACAUGCCCAGUGCAUGGAUCUGGCAGAACGCACACUCAUCCACUUGUCAGAAGGAAGCAACAAAUAUUACUGCAAUGAGCAUAUACAGAUAGCAAGAGCAUUACAAACUCCCAGAAGAGGCCUGCCCUUACAAAAACCUCCAAUGAAAUCGCUGCACAAAAAAGGUUCUGGGAAAGUCUUGACUCCUGCCAAGAAAUCCUUUCUUAGAAGGUUGUUUGAUUAGUUUAGCAAAAGUCCCUCAGAUUCAGGUGCACUGAUUCUUAGACCUACCUUUUAAAUAAUAAUAGUGAUAUAAAUGUUAUUUUUUACUGAAAACCUCUGUGAUGUGUUCUGAUUAUAUGAAUUAAUGCUAGUUUUAAUGUAAUGUUAAGUAAAGUUAUUUUAACAUGUUUUAA